UCCUCAAAUCAAAAUUACCAACUCUGUUGAGCCAGUUGGCCACUCCUACGCAUGUGCGUGUGUAUAUUUAUAUAUAUAUUCGAUCACAGCAGCUUUCUCUUCGGUGCUUCUCUUUGGCAUGAACUAGACUUCCAUAUCUAGCUUCCUUUCUGACUCAGUAAUUUCUCUACCAUCCAUGGCCAAUCCACAAGAAAAACCAGCAGCACCCAUCAACGAAAGCUCACCAACAGCAGAAACCCAUUACAAUGAAGAUAAUGAAGAGGAAUUCACAUCCUCUGGUUGUUGCUGUUUUUGCUGGAAAAGAAACAAAAAAGGAUCACAAAGAUAUCUGUUGUCCAGACAAGAAGAGAUAAAAGAUGUUUGGUUAGUGGAAAAAGCAAGGAAAAUAAAGGAAAUUUCAGAGGUUUUGGCAGGGCCAAGGUGGAAGAAUUUUAUUAGGAGGUUUAGUGUGCCUGGAUUCAACAAGAAAAGAAAGAGAAUGCAAUAUCAAUAUGAUCCCCAAAGUUAUGCACUUAAUUUUGAUGAUGGGUUUGAUAAAGAAACAGAUGUUGCAUAUCCUGAUUUUUCAGCUAGAUUUGCUACUCCAGUUUUGGGUGGCUGAACUGGAGCAUGAUUCAUUCUUAUUGUUUGUAAUUAAAAUACACUUAUAAUAAUGAUGUUACAUAACAAUUAUUUAAAGUAAGUCGUUAUAAAUUAACGAGUGGAAAUGCAGUCAAAUUUAAAAGAAAAAAGUCUGAACACCAUAAUAUUCGGUAUAUUAUCAAGAUUCAUUAUUUUUUUGG